CCAAAGCUCAUCAUUCAUCAUCGCGAAGAACCCUCGCUCAUCACCCAGUCACCACUCACCGCCAGUCACCACCCACCACUCACCACAUCGCUGUGCCGCUCACCGGCUCACCACUCACCAGCUCACACUCUCAUCCUCACUCAACACACACAAAAGAGGAAAAAAAUCAGAAAAGUGGAGAACGGGAAGAAGAAGAGAAGAAGAGGGGAGAGGGAAAGGAAGGAGAGGACGACGCCGGCUAGGGCUCCGCCGCGCGGACCAUCGUCAUUGCGUGCGCUGACCGUCGCCUCAGCAUCGCCAUCUCGUGCACUCACCGUCGCCGCUCAGCAUCAUCAUCGCGUGUGCUCACUGUCGCUUCUCAGCAUCGUCGUCGUCGCUCAGCAUCGUCAUCGCCGCUCACCUGAGAAGAACUAAUGCAGAUAGAAGCCAGAAGAUUGGGAAUUACUGAUCAAUGGUUCUUUAAGCUCUUCCUUCUCAUCAUUGAUAUUGGAUCCGUGCAACCUGUGUCAGGCGCUGAAUCUGUUCCAGGAAGGCAAAAUCAGUGGAAAGGAUACAAAGACUAAUGAGACUAAGGUUCGUUCACAUCUAGUGGUUCAAAGAAUAAUCUAGGAUUAUUGGUUACAUACUUGUAUUCAUUGAUUUGGUAGGAUGAUGCGGGAGAAGAUGGUACUGGUGCAAAGAAUGAUACAAGGAGCAAUGCCCAAGCAGCUGAAAAAAGU